AUGAAGAGCCUCAAGGCAAAGUUUAAGAAGAAUGAGAGUCAGGACUGGAGUAAGAGCGAUGAGAGACUACUGCAGGCUGUAGAGCAGAACGAGCCUGACAAAGUAGCUGCCCUGAUUGUGAAGAAGGGACUUUGUCCCACCAAACUGGACGUGGAGGGAAAGUCAGCGUUCCAUCUCUGUGCGUCUCGAGGUCGUCUGGACUGCUUGGAGGUCAUCCUGGCUCACGGGCCAGACCUUAACGUGACAGAUGGUACAGGCUUCAGUGCCCUUCACCUAGCAGCAAAGAACUGCCAGCCUGAGUGCCUGAAGAGACUAUUACAGGAGAGAUUGUCCGUAGACUCCUCAGACAGCUUUGGCCGGACAGCUUUGCAUCACGCAGCUGUGAGCGGCUGCUUGUCCUGCACUGAGACUCUGUGGGACUUCAAGGCCAGUCUGGAUGCCCAGGACGGGGAUGGGGUGACCGCGCUGAUCCUAGGAGCCCAGAUGAGCAGAGUGGAGCUGUGUGCUUUCCUGUUGGACCGAGGAGCCAAUCCCAACAUACAGGACAGCCAGGGCAGGUCAGCCCUGAUGCUGGCCUGUGAGAGUGACAGUGCAGAGACUGUGGAGGCGUUGCUAAGGGGAGGGGCUAACCCACAUCUGGCCGACGCCCUCGGACAUCACGCAGCCCACUACAGCGCAACUGCUGGCAACCAGCGCAUCGCACAGCUGCUGCAAAACAGAGCUCCAGCCACUGAGGGUAAUGGAGAAGAGCGACAGCCCCCUCCUCCCCCUCCUCUACCAGGGGCUACGACCCCCCGUAAGAGGAAAGCCCCCCCUCCUCCACGCUCCCCUCCCCAGGGCUCCCCGCCAUCUCCUGCCUCCCAGAGCCCUCCUCCCCCUGCCUCUCCUGAGCCUCAGACCCAGAGACCCGCUCCCCUUCCUCAGUCCCCAGAGACGCAGCGCUCUGCUCAGGCUAACCUUAUGGAGGAUGAGGAGGUGUUUGAGGAGAUCCGCAGACUGCGUCUGGAAAGGGGACGUCUGCUCCAGAAGAUCAAAGGUCUGGAGCAGCAGCAGAACAGCGCCCACACUGCCCUGGAGGAGCUGACUCAGCUGAGAGAGCGUCUGCAGCAGGUGGAGGCAGAGCGGGACAGGCUGCAGACUGAGCUGGAGGAGCUGAAGGCAGGUCAGGUGAUCGGUGCCAGUGACUCAGAUGACGACAUGCUGGACUUCCCAGGUGCUGAGAAGCUGCUCUCCAGGCGGUCGAGAGAGUCUCCCUCUGCUCUGGACGAGGGGGAGGCAGACUCCCUCAACCCCACCUCUCCUGGUGCUGCAGACUCAGACACUGUGGCUGAGCUACACAGACAGCUGAAGGAGCUGGCCUUACAGAAUCAGGAGCUGGUCCUGAAAGUGCAGAUGCUGGAGAUGUUUGAGAAAGAUGACACUGACAUGCAGACAUCCGGCCCAGACUUUGUCCCCACGGCUCUGUAUGACUCCCUGAGGAGGGAGUUUGAAGCUCUGCAGGAGCAUUACUCCCAGGCCCAGGCUUCAGCUGAGGCCUCCAGCAUGGCAGGGGAACAGGGGUGUGAGGAGGUGGAAGGGGGAGGAGAUGGGGUGUCAGGGGCAGAGGGGAAGGAGCGGACAGAGGAGAUGGAGGGGGAGAGCAGUAAGGAGCUGAAGGAGAGGCUGUGUGGGCUGGAGGAGCAGCUGGCCCACUCCCAGUCUGAACUGGAGGAGCUGAGAGAACAGGUGCACCUUGGGGUCUACUCCGUGGAACAGGCAGGGGGCCAUGGGGGCACGGUGGGUGAGACGGAGGGGGCGGGCCAGGAGACGCAGCAGCUGAGAGAGAGGGUGAGGGACCUGGAGGCGGUGCUGAAAGAGCGAGAGAGACAGGGGGAGGGACAGAGUGAGGGUGAGGGCGAGAGCACAGGGGACAAUGACACAGUCAAACAGCUGAGAAAGAAAGUUCAGAAACUACAGGCAGCCCUGGAAGAUAAAGGAACAGAAGAAGAGGGCGAAAAGGAGGACGGAGGAGGGGAGAGUGAGACAGUGAGGAGCCUCAGGGAGAGGGUAAGUGAGCUUGAAGCCGACCUGGCAGAGAGCAAGGAGUCAGGGAAAGCAGGGGAAAGGAGAGAGGCUGUGGUAAAGCAAGAAGGGGAGGUGGUGUGGAGGCUACAGGGGCGUGUGGGGGAGCUGGAGGAGGAGCUGAGGCAGUGUGUUCCCCGUUCGGAGCUGGACGAGGUGCAGGUGACCCUGGGUCUGCAGUGUGAGCAGCUGGCCAGGGAGAGAGCUGAGGCCAGCCUGAGACUGAACGAGGCUUUACUGGAGCUGGAGAGACUACGCCCCCCCAGCCCCACACACCACCAAGGAGACGAGGAGGAGGAAGAGGAGGAAGAUAGGUCUGAGGGGUCAGAGCCCUCCAUCACAUCAGAGCCCUCCCUGAGACGGGUGAGAGAGGAACUGGAGGUGGCUAGGCAGGAAGCAGCUCAGGCUCUGGACUGUUUGUGUGCGGAACGCGAGGGCCGGGCCCAGGACACCCUCCACAUGAGAGACGCAGUGUCCCUGUCCCAACACACAGAGGCGCUGUCGGCCCUGUCGGAGCAGCUGGCGCAGACAGCCCAGGAGCUGCAGGCAGAAAGGGCCCUGCGAUGCCAUGCCCAGACUGAGACGGCUAGGCUAGAGGCCCAGCUACAGGCCACACAACAGGACCUUAUACCCAGGGAGGAGCACAAUAAAGUUAAGUUGGAGCUGCAGCGCGCUCUGCAGGCCAGUGAGAGCAGUGCGGCGGAGGCCAAGGAUGCUCUGAGUGUGAAGGAGACAGAGCUGAGAGACAUGAGGUCCCAGAAGGCUUUGGAACAGGGCCUGGUGUCCAAGGAGGACCACGAGUCCCAGCGCCUCUCACUGCAGGCCGAUAUCAACACACUCACCGCCCGAUUCAACGACCUCACACGCAAACAUGAGAAGACCUGCACCGAGGUGUUUCAGGUGCAGCGGGAGGCUCUGUUUAAUAAGAGUGAACGUCAGGUGGCCGAGGCUCAGGUGGCCACGGCGCAACAGCAGCUGGCUGACCUGCAGGCCCAGUCCAGCCACGUCCAGGAGCUCCACAAAGACAUCCAGGACUCCCAGGGCCUGGUCAAGGAGAAGGACCGCAAGAUAAUGGAGCUGUCUAAGGAGGUUUUCCGUCUGAAGGAGGCUCUGGGGGCCCUGAGUCCUCCUCUGGGACUCUCCUCUUCCCACUCCUCCUCUCACUCUGAGAGAGUCCCCCCUGUGAACCCUGGCCAGCAGGUGGCGCUGCAGAACAGAGUGGCUGUACUCUCCAAGGAGCUCCAGGAUUGGGAACGAAAGCACAGACAAGUUGUAGCUGUAUACCGAUCCCAUCUACUGGCUGCUGUACAGGGCCGGAUGGAUGAGGAGGUCCAAGAGCUCUUACUGCAGAUCCUGAGGAUGUCACACAAGGACCAGGGUUACUGACCCCCACAGGCAGUGUACUCCCUGUGCAAUGCAAGACACAACGGGCUAUGGGACCCAUCACUGUACUAUACCCUCUACUAACUACAGUAUAUGUACACACUUACUGAAAGCAACGGGUCUGUUCUGCAUACAGUACGUGUAGCCUUGGAAAGACAGAGGCUAGCCCCUUCAUGACUAGCGUUAAACUGGAUAGACAUGGACAGGUAUGGUUUUCUGGUAUCAGAAAGAGAAAUGUAUUUAUAGAUAAUUACUUGUAUUGAGUAACAAGAAUGUAUCUCUUGUCUCAAUUGUGUGAUGAGCCUACUGAUUGAAUAUAUUUUGUAUGAUAUUCUUACAAUAAAGACGUAGAAAGAAACCAAAA